GUAUCCGGAGUGGCGGCGCCAGGCCCUCGAGGAUGCGUACGUGCUCUUCUACGAGGACGUCCGGCAGCAGGGCGUCCCCGGCGCGCUGGAGCAGCUCCCGCCGCCGCCGCUGUCGUAUAUGACCUCCUUCCACGAGCACACCAGCAUGGACCAGAGCGCCGUCGCCGGCUGGUUCGAGGAGGGCAGCCGUUUCUGGGAGUCGACAAGAUGGGACUACGAGAUUCGUGAGGCCGGCUACGUCCCAGUAGGGAUCAUGCCGCGCACGGCCAAGCUGGGGGAACCUACGAUGGACUUCCGGGAAGCCAGAGGCCGGACCAUCGUCCCGAAGCAGCGGUCGGCCAGGUACUGCGCCUGCGCCGCGGAGCCGAUCGACAGCCUGUGCUCGAUCGGCGGCUCCAUCGCGGCAGUCGCGUGCUCCAUCCGCGGUUCCAUCGCGUCCUCGGCGCCGGUAUUCCCGGCCCUCGAGGAGGAUGUCAUCGCCACUUCUGCGCGGCCGCCCGCCGCCGCGGAGCUCGACGCCGGGCCCGCAGCGGAGGCCAGUACGCCCAGCUCGGUGCACUCCGUCAGGCGCGCCCCCGACCUGCGCGCGCGGCCGGCGCCUGGCGGCCGCUCAGAGGCGCCCUUGCCAGACAGCGACCCCUUCGCGCCCUCGCCGCGCCUUCCUGGUGCGCAG